UACUUCAAUGAUCUGAGCACAGAAAGGAAGUAUUCGUCCUGGCCAAAUUCUGUUCAAGACCUGCUACGACCAACUUUCCCUGGGAUGCUGAGGCACAUUGCCAAGAAUAUCUUCCACUUGGUUUUUGUGGUCGACCCAACAGCAAGUGCCAGCAAAAGUCUUCUUAAAAUGGCUGAAGCCUUCCUUGUACACAAGGCACCACUAAGACUUGGCGUUGUAUUUUCUGUGAACUCUGACCCAAAUGUCACCGGACUCACCGAUCCUGGGGUGGCUUUGGUACGAGCUUUCAACUUCAUUAUGAUUGAUCAGGAUGCCGCCAAGGGCUUGUCUUUCAUCACUGAUGUAUAUGAGAAACUGGGUAGUGUUGAGCUAACAGCAGAGGCUGUGAUUGCCGAGUUUGCUUUGCAGUACCCUGGAGAGGACAAAGAGUUGGUGUUUGGGAAUGCUAAUGACUAUGAUGAUGUCAGAAAGGCUGGGAAUGAUUUUGUUCGCAAAACUGGACUCAGUGGCUUGCCCCAGGUUCUGAUCAAUGGAGUUCCUCUAGAGCAGGGCCUGCUGGAGGACUCUUUUGAAGAGGCUGUUGUGACGGAGGUGAUGAAGCAGACACAUAUCAUCCAGCAGGCUGUUUACAAGGGUGAAGUGUCAGACAAUAACGACAUUUUGGACUGGUGGAUGGAAAGGGACAACGUUCUGCCUCGACUAAAUUCUAGAAUUUUAGCACCUCCGUCUCUCAGGCUUGACUUGACCGGAGCUUCAGGCACGGCCUUGGCCAAAAUUCCAGCUCUGGCUUCUGAACUAAAUUCCAGAGAGCUGACGUCUGCCUUGUUGGAUAGUUCCCAUUAUCUGACAAAGAAAGAUGGAGACGCAUUGAGACCUGUAACUCUGCAUGUUGUCUGUGACCUGGAGACAGAAGAUGGCAGAUCAUUUAUGUACACAGCUAUCAAGCACUUGAAAUCCUCCAACAUCUUGCGACUGGGUAUCAUAUUUAAUGCCCAGUCAUUGAAAGCAGAGAACACAGUAAACAAGGCUGUGUACGUUGCCCUGGAGACCCUGCCAGCACCAAUAGCCAAAAGCCUGGUGACCAAGCUUGUGAAGGAGGAGAACAUCCAGGACUUGGUGGCUGGGAGGAAAACCCUCAAGGAUUUGGAAGUGCAUGGCAUGGAUAUGGAUGCAUACACUGCAGCCCUGAAUGCUGCAUCCACAGACUUUUUACAGGUUCAUCAGUUGUUUGCUUCCAAGGUGUUGUCAUUGAGGCCUGGGCAGAAAGGAGUGUUGGUCAAUGGAGCGUUCCUGGGUCCUUUGGCACAAGAUGAAGAACUGGUGGCUGAUGACAUCAACUUGCUGGAAAAAGUUUCUUUCCAACAAGGAGGGCAGAAAAUAGCAGAUGCUGUCACAAACAUCGAACCGGAUCUCAAUAAAGCCAGUGACCUGACAAUGAAGGCGUCUGCUUUACUUAUGUCAAGGGGCAAAUCAGAGAAGAGACACAAGCUAAGCUUUGCUGAUGAUAAACACAGUGUGGUUAAACUGCCAGCAGACGCCAACAUUCCUGCUUUCACUGUUGAAGCGAUUGUAGACCCUGCCUCCAGGACAGCACAGAAAAUGUCAGCGAUUCUUUUGGUCCUGAAACAGAUUGCUAAUGUUGAUGUCAGAAUUUUCCUCAAUCCAAGAGAGAAACUUUCAGAAAUGCCAGUGAAAAGCUAUUAUCGGUAUGUUUUGGAAUCAGAAGUGGCAUUUGGCUCCGAUGGGUCAUUGAAAGCAGGGCCAGUUGCUCACUUUCUGGACAUGCCACAGAAGUCACUGCUGACACUGAAUAUGGACACACCUGAAAGCUGGCUGGUGGAGUCUGUUUCCUCCCCGUAUGAUUUGGAUAACAUUCUGCUCGAAGAGGUUGAUAACAGUGUGACUGCUGAUUUUGAACUGGAGUAUAUUUUAAUAGAAGGUCACUGUUAUGAUUCGAGCACAAUGCAGCCUCCGAGAGGUCUACAGUUUGUGUUAGGUACCAACAGUACCCCAGCUGUUGUGGACACAAUUGUCAUGGCAAACUUGGGUUACUUCCAGCUGAAGGCAAACCCUGGUUUAUGGUACUUGAACCUGAGAGAGGGAAGGUCCGAAGAAAUCUACAGAAUAGAGAGCCACGAGAACACUGACUCGCCAAUAAAUUCUACGAAAGUUAUUAUUGCAAUUGGCAAUUUUAAGGGCAAAAUUAUCAGAAUUAAGGUCGCCAAGAAGCCAGAUAAAGCUGACCAGAGUCUCUUACAGGAUGAGGAAGACAGAUCUGGCCUGUGGGAUUCCAUUUCUAACACCAUCACAGGAGGGUCCAGCAAGAAAGAGGAGGACAAGGACAGCACUCUCAACAUCUUCUCUGUGGCUUCCGGUCAUCUCUAUGAGAGGUUUCUGAGGAUAAUGAUGUUGAGUGUUCUAAAGCACACCAAGUCAAAGGUCAAGUUCUGGUUCUUAAAGAAUUAUCUCUCACCGAUCUUCAAGGACUUUAUACCAUACAUGGCCCAGGAGUAUGGCUUUGAAUAUGAGCUGGUUCAGUACAAGUGGCCACGUUGGCUGAACCAGCAAAAGGAGAAGCAGAGGAUCAUUUGGGGAUACAAAAUUCUGUUCCUGGACGUGUUGUUUCCAUUAGAUGUGAAGAAGAUUAUUUUUGUGGAUGCAGAUCAGAUUGUGCGUGCAGAUCUGCAGGAGCUGUAUGAUCUGGAUCUGGGUGGUGCACCUUACGGAUAUACGCCAUUUUGUGACAGCAGGAAGGAAAUGGAUGGAUUUAGGUUUUGGAACUCUGGGUACUGGAGAAGUCACCUGGCAGGUCGCAGAUAUCACAUCAGUGCCUUGUAUGUUGUCGAUCUGAAAAAGUUCCGCCGCAUUGCCGCGGGAGACCGACUGCGUGGACAGUACCAAGGAUUGAGCCAGGAUCCAAACAGUUUGGCCAAUCUGGACCAGGACUUGCCCAACAACAUGAUCCAUCAGGUGUCCAUCAAGUCGCUGCCCCAGGAGUGGCUGUACUGCGAGACCUGGUGCAGUGAAUCUGAGAAAUCCCGGGCUAAGACUAUAGAUUUGUGCAACAAUCCUUUAACUAAAGAGCCUAAGCUUCAAGCUGCCAUGAGAAUAGUCCCCGAAUGGAAGGAUUAUGAUUAUGAGAUUAAAAUUUUAUGGGAUGAAGUGUAUGGUACCAAUACAAGAGCACAAGUGGAAUAUGAGCCUCCAAAGGAUUUCAGAAAACCAGCGUUCAAAAGACCGGAUGAUGAACUUUGA